AUGGCUGCGCCCGCAUCGCUGGCUGUCGAGGCCGGCACACCGUCAGCACCCAAGGCAAUGGGCGCUGAAAAACACUUGCACACGCGCCAGCUUUCGGCUACCUCGGCUGCAACCGACCCAACAAGCAACGAACACCUCUCCGAGGCUGGCACCCUCGACCCUGACUUUGAUGAUGAUCUGCCGGAUGACAACGACGACGAUGACGAUGUACUCUCUACCCUCUCGGCUGAUGUCGAGUCGGACGGUGGGAUCACAGAACCACCCAGUGUAGCGCUCGAUAAUCUCACCAUGCUCGACCCCCUCUGGGACAGCCCCUUUGUCACACGCCCUCCGGUUCUGCGCUUUGUGUAUGCCGGUGAUCAAACGGCUUGUCACCCUUUGCCCGCUGGCCUUGACGAGGUUUGUGAUUUCUCUCUCUCUCUCUCUCUCUCUCUCUCUCUCUCUCUCUCUCUCUCUCUCUCUCUCUCUCUCUCUCUCUCUCUCUCUCUCUCUCUCUCUCUCUCUCUCUCUCUCUCUCUCUGCCAACGCCCGCCGCACCUGCAAGCCCUUUUGUGCUUUCUCCUGCUGCUGACUAAACUCUUUGCCGGGCAUGAAGUGGAAAAUACAGGCAACCACUCCAAAUCUGGUGAAAAAAAUGGUGGCCCGCGCCGGAUUUCAAAUCACCACCAAGGUCCGUUGUCCAAUUGGGUGGGAACCUGGGGCAAGCACAUGAAGCCUGAGGCGUUCCGUCUUUUGCGUGCUGACCAAAAAGUCAAUCAUUUUCCUGGCUCCUUCCAGCUUGGCCGCAAGGAUCGGCUCUGGAAGAACUUGGCCAAGAUGCAGGCUCGCUUUGGUCGCGAGCAUUUUGACUUUAUUCCCGAGACGUUUUGCCUUCCCAGCGACCUGCACCUGCUCAAGCGAGCUUGGGAUGCAGCUGGCAGCAAGGGCAAAUGGAUUCUCAAACCGAAUGCUUCUGCCCGCGGUAUUGGCAUCAAAGUUGUGUUCGAAUGGUCCAAAAUUCCAAAAAACAAGAGCGUGAUUGUCCAACGUUACCUUGCCAACCCUCUCCUCGUCAACGAAACCAAGUCAGACCUGCGCAUCUACGCCUAUGUGACCAGCUUUGACCCCCUUCGAGUCUACAUUUGCCGGGAAGGGUUGGCUCGGUUUGCCACGCAAAAGUAUACGACCAAAAAGUCUAGCCUGAAGAACCGCUACAUGCAUUUGACCAACUACAGCGUCAAUAAGAAGAGCAGCGAUUUCAUCUCAAACAGCAAUAAGGAUGAGUGCGUGGGUCACAAGUGGGGUCUGCAAGCCUUCUUCAAGCGAUUGCGUGCAGACGGCUAUGACACGGAUCGCAUCUGGAAAUCCAUCGAGGAAAUUGUGCUCAAGACUCUGAUUGCCGUGGAAGGCUCCAUCAAUUCUGGCGUCAAAUCCAACUGCAAGCACCGCUCCCUGUGCCACGAAUUGUUUGGCUUUGAUAUUAUGCUCGAAAGCAACCUCAAGCCAUAUCUGAUUGAGGUCAACAUAUCUCCCAGCAUGAACUCUGGAUCGCAGCUCGACCGAGACAUCAAAGGUCGUCUGCUGCGUGACGUUUUCAAUCUGGCUGGCUUUGUCCCCCCCGUUUGUCGAACGGGACUUCCAGGGCAAAACGACAAAGAGCGCCGAGUCCGGGACCUAGGAAGCCGUGGCUUCUCGCCGUACCUUACCCCGAAGGAAAAGCUGAAGCACGCUUAUUUCGUUCAACACUACGAUGAGCUUCGCGCCAGCAACAAGCUGGGCAGCAUCCUUGAUGAGCUGACUGACGAUGAUAUUAUGAUGCUUAUGGAAUGCGAGGAGGAGGCGCAACGCGCUGGCGACUUGCAUCGUCUUUUGCCCACCCUCGAACACGCAGAGCAGCUGCGCUUCACAGAUUUGCCCCGGUACUACAACACCUUGCUAUGCGAGUGGUUGCGCCGUUUCCAACAUGCGCCGGAACUGGGGCGUCAGCUUCUUGAGCGCGUGGCCUCGGAAGCCCGUCUCCGCACUUUGAAUGGCGAGGCGCUGCCCGUAUCCCUGAGCAAACUCAGCCGCAGCUCUUUCUUGAGCGAUGAUCAGUUUUACUGGGCUCCACGGCGGAAUUCGGCGGGCUCGCGCAAGGGUCUUCCGUCCCUGCCGUCAUCGGUUGCCAGCAGUGCGGCCUCUACUCUACGUCCCGACCGAAGCAAAACCGAUCAACACGACAAGAGUGCUGCAUCAUCGGGCAGGGCGCGGGAUGACUUGACGCCCAGGACUCGCACCGUCUCGGCCAGCAAGGCUGGGAGUGGGUCAGCCGAGCCUGCCGAGCCUGCCAUCAUGCAUGUGACCAUUGUGGGUGCAACAAAACGGUCCAAUCAUAGUGAUUUGGACACGGACGAUGGUCCAGAUGAGGAUGAGGAGGAGGAUGACAACUACAAUGACGAGGACGACGAUGCCACGGCAGAGGCCGAUGUAUCGGCGGCUCUGGGAGGUGGUCUUCGAACCUCGGCUGGUUCUGCUGCCUUGGCCGGCGGCCAGGGGCUGGACUCUCCUCGCGCAGCCACAGCAAACCUCGCACAAUUCGGCGCGCGGCGGUUCUACAGCCGGGGCGCACGGCACACGCAGACAUCACCGCUUAACGGUGGGCGUCAUUCACCGCUACCUGCCGUGCCCACAGCCUCGCGAACGAUGGCAGCCCAUGGAGCUUCGAUGGUUGGCACGCGAUCCAUUAGUGCCAGCCUGCUGCAGGCACAUCCACCACCACAACACCAACAACAGCGACCGGUUCAGCAAGACGUGGGCUUGAUGAUCCAGGGACUGCAACCGCGCAAACAGAAUGCCAAGUCCUAUGAUCACAAGACGGCUACUAAGACCUCGACCCUUUGA